AUGGCUCCGUCAUCGUCUCAGGCGACCACACGGCCAGUGCUCUUGAGCUUCAGCUCCUUUUCACCAGUGCCGGCUGGCGGCUAUGUGGUGCUCACAGCACCAGAAGGGCUCCUGCUGCCAGAGCAAUGCGCAGCCACAGCGGGCCUUCCAGUGUUGCCGACACAACCCUUUCGAGCCUUGGGCAACACGCCUCAGCUCACGACCAGCUGUGAGGUCGAUGGGCAACAUCUUCGCAUUGCCCUGUUGGAAGGGUCGCUGCCUGCAGGGCACUUCGAGCUGCGGUUCAUCAUCACUGAGGGAGUCAACUUUGCUGGAGGUGCGCGCCAGUGGCGCCUGGAGAGCUACACACCUCAGAGCUGCCAAGGCACUUGCUGUGUCAGGCGCCCGCACUUCCGGAACAUCGUCGGUCUCGAUAGCUUGCAGCUGCUGGACACUGCGGUCUUCUAUGCCCCACUGCCUGGCCGCUUCAGACAUUUGUUGAGCUGA